CGGGCAACGACACGCUCAUCAAUCAACAGGUCGCAACUGCCAUCUCCACAAUCAGUUCUUUCACCGCACCGAGUCGCUGUUGCAGCCAAAAUCAGCACCCCCAAGUUUGUUGAUUUUGGUCACCGCUUUCUAGACAUUUUUACGUGUAAUUGGUCGUGGGAGUACCUUCCUUCUCUCCCAAUUACUCCUCCCUUCCAUUUUGCAUCACUACCAUUACGAUACACCUAAUUAGCAUAAACCACCAUGGAUGCGCUGUCACCGCCGAAGAGGAUGACGCGCGCCCGGGCUGCGGCAAAGUCAACCGAGCCCGCCGCAAAGCCUACCCGCGUUGUUACGGCUGCCGCCAAGGCCAAGACUACCCGCAAUCCAUCCACUAGUACCACAACGAGGACGACACUCAAGAGGAAGAGCCCGUCUGAUGACGAGGAAGACAACCACGAGAUGCAGCCGGCCAAGAAGAUGACCGUUGUUGCCUCAAAAUCUGUUCGGGGCCGCGGCCGCCCGAAGAAGGCCGCCGUCGAGGAGCCGGCACCAGAGCCGACACCGGAACCAGCAGCCGCAACAACCGUCCGGACUCGUGGGAGACCCAAGAAGAUCACGGAAGGCCCCCCUGAGGAGUCUGCGAAGGCCACCAAGACAACCCGUACCAAGAAGGCCACGGAGGAGGGCAAGGCUACCAUCACUGAACCCGUCAAGAAAACUACCCGUGGCCGGCCGGCAGGGACAACGACGACAACAACUACCAAGGGCCCAGCAAAGUCAACUGUCAAGAAAACAGUCAAGUUUGAGGAGCCCGAGAAGGAAAACAUGGCGCCGCCUACGGCCGCGACACGGAAGGCUGUGACCAAGGCCUCGGCGCCUACCCCCACGACUGGCCUGCGCGGAAAGCCAGUCCGUAAAGCAGCCUCCUCUACAACUACCCGCGCCGCCCGCAGCACCCGAACAACGGCUGGCUCGGCCGACCCAAGCGACAAGGCGGAGAAGCCGAUGCCGCUGAGCCCUAAGAAGGUCAACCAGUUGACGGUGAACCGCGUCGAAUCCGAUGAUGAGCUGGGUAUGGACGAGAAAAUUCCGGUCCGGCGCUUCAAAAAGCUCCCGAUCAAGCCGACCCCUAGGAGCGACAAGCCGGCAAAGGCCCUAGCCCUUGUACUGGUAGAGAAUGACGAAAAUGCAAUCGAGAUCAACCGGUCAGAGCCGGAGACCAACCAUAUGUUGGCCACACCGGCCAAGCGUAUGCCGGCGUCUCCCUGGAAGGGCAGCAUUCAGUCGCCAGCCAAGCGCGUCGAGGGGCUUCUCUUCCCAUCGUCAGCGCCGCAGGUCGACGGAAAGACACCGCAGGUCACGACCAAGGCAGGGCUUCUUCAAUCCCCUGCGAAGAGGCAACCGCUCAACUUGAAUCCCCUUGGGGCUGACAUCACUAGCGGAUCGGGAAUGUCACCCGUCAAGCUAUCAUUCCUCUCUUCGCCGGCGAAACGACCACCUGUUUCCCCCAUCAAACCUUUGCCCCGGCACAUCGAAGAGGAGGAACCCAUGCAUCAAACUCCCGCUCCUAAGCCCACGCUGCUCGCCAGCCCCUUGCCGCGCGAAACGCUCGACGACUCCGAGGAAGCGCAUCGCGCCGCAGACGAGGAUGUUGAUGACGAUGAAGCUAUGCCUGAUUCACCCACGAGACUCAGCUUUCCGGGUCGACUGUCAGCUGUUCUACCACGUCAUGCGGAUCCGGCGUUGACACCACCAAUGCCGGCGACGCCGGAAGAGGUGUCACAGGCCGAAGUUGAGGAACGUUCCGUUGAGAACGGCGUUGAGGGAGGCGAUGAACUUGACGUUGAGGGAGGCGACGACCUUGAAGAUUUGGAACAGCCCAUAGUCCCGGAGGACCCCCUAGUUGAGGUCCCGGCUGCUGAACCCGUCAGUACAACUCCUCCGGCGUCUCCCAGGGCCGCCAACCCCAUGUUCGGGCUUCGAGAGAAGGACCUCCAUCCCUACGACUCGGACUCUGAAGACGAAUCACCGGUAAAACACGGGAAGUCCACCUCCGCCUUCAGUACUCUGCCGGCCACCCCGUGUCCCACUUCGGGGAGGAAGCUCAAGGCACUGCGGUCGGCAAGUCGGAGCACGGCCAAGAAGACCCGAGCGGAAGAUACACUUGGAUUCACCCCCCUUGCGCAGCAGCUUAGUGGGUGGACCGCCGGCCCGAGCCCUCUGAAAACCGGCGCGCAUUCCGCUUCACCGAUCGGCUUCGCGGCAGUCGAUAGCCAGGAACAAACCGCCUCCCCUACGCGCAAAGCGGUCUCUACCCCGACGGAGCCAAGGCAGAACACAUUCUUUGAGGAUCAAAUGCACAUGCAACCAGAAGCUAUGGAGGUCGAAGAAGAUGCAGCCACGGAAGUAGAGGACAACGAUGACUUGGUGCUGGAAGACCUCUCAUUUACCGAAGAGGACAUGGAACUGGCCGCGGAGGCGAAUGAGAUGUCGCUGGUGGAAAAGGAACACGUCAGUCACGGCGACGAAGACCAUGACGACUCGGUUUCGGAAGCCAGUCAGGAGUAUGGCGACGAAAACGCGAUCCCCGUGGAACCCACGGCGACCGCAGGCAAUCCCGUGCAUGCGCCGGCAAUCCCGCCCGUCACUCCCCAGCGGGUGAUUUGCCGCGAAGUCCACACCGUCGCCAAGGUGCCCCUCAAGCCCGCAGAUGACUCCACGCCUCGGCCCAAGGCCGUGAACCGCAGGCACAGUGCGCGACUCCCCCCUACGAGGCGGUCAACUAGGCUUUCCACGGCAAGUUCGUGCUCGUCUAGCACGAAAGACGACAUUGUGCCCUCUGAGGAUGAGGCCGAGGCGCAGCCUAAGCCUGUUGCUCCCGUGACGCCGCAAAAGCAGGACAUUUGGUCCACGAUGGGCACACCCGCCCGGACUCCGCACCGUGACCUCAAUCCAGCUCUUCUCCGCGGGGCUGUGGUGUUUGUGGAUGUUCACACCAGCGAGGGCGCCGAUGCCAGCAGCGUCUUUGUGGACCUCUUGACGCAGAUGGGCGCUCGUUGUGUUAAAACAUGGUCAUGGAACCCCAAUAACUCGUCAGAGACUGGCGCGGAUUCCAGAGUUGGAAUCACCCAUGUGGUUUUCAAAGAUGGUGGCAAACGCACAAUGGAGAAGGUUCGCGAGAGCCGCGGUGUGGUGCAGUGUGUGGGUGUCACCUGGGUCUUGGAUUGCGAACGUGACAAUAAGUGGCUCGAGGAGGCACCGUACUACAUCGACGCCUCGUUCGUUCCACGCGGCGGUGCGCGCCGGCGCAAGAGCAUGGAGCCCCGAGCCAUCUCCAACCUCAACGGUACGCUAGUGCAAUCACGCAAUGGCCGCAACUCGCAAGCUGCGCCCAGCAACCGCCGUGCCAGCGGCUUGUGGGUUCGGUCCCCCGAGAAACCCCAAAACGACGACGCGGAGCGCGACGGCCAGGACAAAGAGGAGGCCGACGACGAGGAUGAAGAGAUGGAGUGGAGCUCGCUCACCCCAGUGCCUAAGACGCCGGCUCCCGAGGCCAUUGCGCGCUACGCGGCCAACGUUAGCCCUGGCCUGACCACUCCGUCUAGCGUCGGCAGUGUUGACAGCGAGAACACACUCGAGCUUGAUGAGGAUGAUCACGGCCGCCACAUGCGCACCUGCCCGCCCAAGCGCACCGCCUUUGUCGAGCCGGGCCACGGCAUCCUGGGCAAGGAGAGGGAUGAGAGCGUGCACAUGCGGCUGAUGGCCGCCCGCCGGAAGAGCUUGCAAUUUGCGCCCAAGGUCGGGAGCCCGUUGGCGAAGGCCUGGAAGGCGUGGAACUAGACGGAGGUGGUUGGGUUGUAUGACAUUGUAGUUUUUUGUUCUUUAUAAUUGUGUGGCGGGGGUUUCUUUUGGUUUUGGAGCUGGUUGGGAAAGCAUCAACUGUACCGAACCAGGCGGACAGU